CGCAAACCGUUUCUGGAACCAGCCCACCAUGGCCCCCGAAUCUACCUCGUCCAAAAGCGGGGGAGGGAUGUCGCUUUAUGCGAAUCUACUCGACCCUUCAGCCGAGUCAACGCCUGGCACGAUCUCCCGCGCCCCCGUCGUCUUCAAACAGAGCUCCGAGACCGACGCGCAAUCUGACGAGUCCGCUGCGAAAAAGCAGCAGCUCAAUGCUGCUUCACUUCGAUUUCAGCCCACCAAGAGGCCGCAACUGAACCAGAAACCCAAACCCAAGCCAACACUGCCCAAGGCAGGGCUACCACCUAGCGCGAUCCAAGCUGCGCCUUCAGCCGCGGCACCUGUGAAGAGCAGGCUUGCUGACUGGGCCGCGACCGAAGAGGAUGAUUUUGACUACUAUGUUGGCGAGAAGCGGCAACGAGGCGGGAGGAAGAAGCGCAAGAAGAACCAAGAGCCGCAAAUGGUCAUGCAAAACUGGGAUGAUGUCUAUGAUCCAUCCCGUCCAAACAACUACGAGGAAUAUCGGCACAGCGACGAGAAGAUCCUCGAGGUCCGCGAAUGGAAGGAUCGCUUGUAUGCGCACCGGAUGAAGCGCUCGCCAACGCCAGAUUCCGAUAGCGACUACGACCGUCCAAUGAAUCCUCGAUUUGCGCCGCCCGGAAGCUUUGCGCCGCCCCCGAACCUCAACGAUAUUCCACCCCCACCUCCAGCUGAUAUUCCCGAUGAUCCCUCGGGAGAAGAUGCAUUCGCCCGUCGAGCUCGGAUGAGUCAACAUGUAAACAGUGAUAUGGACACAUCCACCUAUGCCCAACCUCCACCGCCUCCAUCUGAGGAACCCCCAGCUCCUCCUCCUAAUGAUGCCUUCGGUGAAGACGCAUAUCUACGCCCUCUUGAGCAAUCUCGAAACCAACCACCACCAGCAAGCACAUCGAUUCCCCCACCACCACGCCCCCUUGAUGCUUUCCAACCCAGCUCCGCGACCAUCUCCCGCGCCCCAGUCCGUUACGCACUUCCGCCACCGCCUGAGGACAUUCCAGCGUCGGAAGCAGAAUUGGAAGAAAUGUUUGCAAAUGAGCAAGAGGCCGCGCCAGAAGAAAGCGAAGACACGCCUCGAUCACGGCUUCCCGGUCAAAAAGGCUUUGCAGAACGACAACUUGCCAAAUACGGCUGGACCAAGGGCUCCGGGCUUGGUGCAACGGGCUCGGGCAUUGUCAACCCGUUACAAGUAAAGGUCGAGAAGCGAAAGAAGCGACCUGACUCCGAAGGCGGAGGUUUCGUGACACCGGGCGGACGCGGUAAAAUCAUCGGCGGCAAGAAGAAGAAUAAUGAAGACACGGGCAAGUUUGGGGCGAUGAGUCCCGUGGUUGUUCUCCGUGGGAUGCUGGAUGGCAUGGACCUCGAUGAAGAAUUACACCGGGAGGGAGGUGGCUUGAUGCAAGAGAUUGGGGAGGAGUGUAAUGAGAAGUACGGGCGAGUGGAGCGAGUGUACAUCGCCCGGGACGUAGGCACGCCUCUACCAGUUUUUGUCAAAUUUACGAAUGAGCUAUCCGCGCUACGGGCGGUAAAUGCUCUCGAAGGGCGAAUCUUCAAUGGAAACGCCAUUCUCGCUCGAUUCUUUGACCCCGAGAAAUUUGAGCAGGGAGUCUAUGUUGAAUAAUGUGCUUAAUGAUAUCCAAUUUGGCUUCGCAUGCCUCUUUCAAAAUCAGGCGGCAGUGUCCAUGUCAAAUAAACAACUUGUCUGACCCAUCUCAUAAUAAGUUAUACUUCCUCGAAAUACUUUUAUAUAAAUCGGCAAUAUGUGCCC